CCUGUGCUGCGGCCGGUAACUGCAUCCAGUCUCCGUAGCUCCACACUCGGCCUUCUCGGGGACCCCCCCCCUGCCCCCUCAGGGCUCUGUGACCCCUCACGGCCCUUUUGCCCGCCUCACACACGGCUUCUGCUGCCCCACAGCCUCACCCGCAGCUUGGCCGCUGUCCUGCCCCAACUGCCCAGUCUCCCUCCACCUCUCUGUCGCUUCGGAGCUGUCCCCUCCCUCACAGCCCUCACGGCUUGCAGAACCUCGCACACACCCCCCUCGGGCGUCCCAGGCACUGCCAGUCCCUCUCGCUGCCCUCACCAUCCAUCCCUGCGCCCAGAUUUCACUGCUCCAGACCAUGCACUGCCAGCGAUUCAUGACCCAAUGGAAUUUCUUCGAGCCAGCCUUCCAGUCCUUCAGGAAAGCAGACUUGUUUUUAUCUGUCCCGCUCGAAACUCUAACAAGCAAGAUGUCUACUAAUGAGAAUACACCAUCGGCUCGAUUGAACAGAUUCAAGAACAAAGGAAAGGACAGCACAGAGAUGAGAAGGCGGCGAAUUGAAGUCAAUGUGGAGCUGAGGAAAGCUAAGAAAGAUGAUCAGAUGCUUAAAAGAAGAAAUGUGAGCACUUUACCAGAUGAUGCUACUUCUCCCCUUCAGGAAAACAAAGGCAACCAGGUUUUGGCACACUGGUCAGUGGAAGAAAUAGUCAAAGGAGUUAAUAGUAAUAACAUGGAGCUUCAGCUACAGGCUACUCAAGCUGCCAGGAAACUCCUCUCAAGAGAGAAGCAACCCCCAAUAGACAACAUCAUUCGGGCUGGUUUGAUUCCCAAGUUCGUCUCGUUCCUGGGCAGAGCAGACUGCAGCCCCAUCCAGUUUGAAUCUGCCUGGGCACUCACCAACAUCGCCUCUGGCACGUCAGAGCAAACCAGGGCAGUGGUGGAUGGAGGGGCAAUCCCAGCCUUCAUUUCCCUGCUGGCCUCUCCACACACUCACAUCAGUGAGCAGGCUGUGUGGGCCUUGGGGAAUAUUGCAGGGGAUGGUUCUGCCUACAGAGACCUGGUUAUUAAAUAUGGUGCAAUCGAGCCACUGCUGAGUCUCCUCGCUGUUCCUGACCUCUCUUCCCUGGCUUCUGGAUAUUUGCGCAAUGUUACGUGGACCCUCUCAAACCUGUGUCGCAACAAGAACCCCGCCCCUCCCAUCGAAGCCAUCCAGCAGAUCCUCCCAACCCUCGUGCGCCUCCUGCACCACGAUGACCCCGAGGUGUUGGCAGACACGUGCUGGGCAAUUUCCUACCUCACAGACGGUUCCAAUGACAGGAUAGAAGUUGUUGUGAAAACUGGGUUGGUGCCACAACUUGUGAGACUCCUGGGAUGUAGUGACCUGCCAAUAAUGACUCCUUCACUAAGAGCCAUAGGAAAUAUUGUCACUGGUACUGAUGAGCAGACACAGGUUGUUAUUGACUCAGGAGCUCUGGCUGUCUUUCCAAGUCUCCUUUCCCAUCACAAAAACAACAUUCAGAAAGAAGCAGCCUGGACAAUGUCCAACAUCACUGCUGGGCGUCAGGAUCAGAUCCAGCGAGUUGUAGACCACGGUCUCGUGCCUUAUCUCAUUGCUAUUCUGAGGAAGGGGGAUUUCAAGUCUCAGAAGGAAGCUGUGUGGGCUGUGACGAACUACACAAGUGGUGGAACAAUUGACCAGAUAGUGUACCUUGUUCAGGCUGGUGUUCUUGAACCCCUGCUGAAUCUUCUCUCAACUAAAGACAGCAAAACUGUGCUCGUUAUCCUGGAUGCAGUUUCCAACAUCUUCUUGGCUGCUGAGAAGAUUAAUGAGACUGAAAAGCUUUGCCUCAUGAUUGAGGAGUGUGGGGGUCUGGACAGAAUUGAAGCUCUCCAGUCACAUGAAAACGAACAAGUGUACAGAGCCUCAUCCUCCAUCAUUGAGAAAUACUUUUCAGCAGAAGAAGAGGAAGACCAAAAUGUUGUACCAGACUCUACUGCUGACAGCUACACUUUCCAAAUCCAGGACAGUACCCCAAAUUCUUUCAACUUCUAGGUCUUGCAUAUACUGCAACCACCUACAAGUGGUUUAGCACACAAAUGACUGCCACCUCUUUGUCUUAAUAGUUCCUUCUUGCCUUUACUGGUUUUUCUGUGUUCUGUAGCACUUUGUCCAACUGAAACAUACUUGAACAGUUCCAACUCUACAUGUAUCUGUGAAUUUUUAAAUGUAAACCUCAUUCUUUGAGAUGAACUUGUAAAUACUUCCUGUUUCUGUCCUUGUCUGGGAAAAGAGAGCAUGUGAGCAAUUCAGGCCUCUCACAAAGCAUUGAGCCACUGCUCUGCUGGCCUCCCCACAGCCUCUUACCUUCUACACGACCUGUUGCAGUGAUAAAUACACUGAACAGGCUUUUAAGGAAGACUUACUUGAACUUCAAUAAAGUGUUGUCAGUACAUCAAA